AUGGGAUCUAUUGCUUUACGACUUUCAUGCAUUUGUCAUAAUUUAAAUCUCGUUUUGAUCCAUGGAAUCAAAUUGUGGAUUAAACCAUCACAUAACUUAUUAGAUAGCACAGCAGAUGUAGAUGAAGUUUUUAUAUAUUACAAUAAUUAUAAUGAAAGCAAUAUCGAAUCAAAUGGAAAUAGUUCACCUGACGAUCAAGAAGAAAUUGCAUGCACUUAUGACAAAGAAGACGUUAGCUCAGAUGAUGAAGAAAGUAGCGAGGAGGAGCAGGCGUCAACCAAUGAAAAUGUUGAACAGUUAUUCAUUUAUUCAUCAAGCAUAUUAUUCAGGUUAAGAAAGACGAUAGCUAAUGUUAAACAAUCUUCUGUUUUGCAAUCAUUUGUUUUUAGUGAGAUUAAGAAGCAGGGACUGAAAUUAAAAAACUUUUCUUCAGAUUUUCAUGUACGUUGGAACUCAACGUUUUUGAUGAUUAGUAUGAUAAUAAAAGCGAAAUAUGUUUAUAAUAAAAUUACCCAAGAUCCUGGCACUAUCGAUGGGUUAACAGAAAAACAGGUUAAUAAACUCAAGAAACUAGCUUUGUUAUCAGAUGACUGGAAGUUCCUAGACAUUUUACAUUAUAACCUUGCUCCAUUUUUUGAAGCAACUAAAUUUCUCUCUACUAAAAAUUUUCCAACACUUUCUUCAGCAAAAUUCGUCCAAAAUACGUUAAAGAACUUUCUUGAAAAUGAAUCUUCAGCUAAAUGUUUUCUUUUACAACCAUCUCCUACGGUGGAAAGAGAGAACAUGUUACGAGCUAGUCUUCUCAAGUUCAUAAAGGUAUACUUUGUUGAAAAGAUGUCUACAAAACAAAAGCUGCAAAGUUUGCUAGCAUGUUUCUUUGAUCCGAGAACAAACGAGUGUCUUACAGAAAAAGAAUAUCAAGAAGCAGAAAGCAAACUUAUGAAAAAAUUUGCAAAGUCAGCACUCCGACAAUAUCCUCGAAGAUCAACGCAUACAAACAUUUGUUUGCAAAAUGAACAAAAUUAUUCGAGAAGUGAUAUGAUUGAUUCAAGUAAUGAUGUUCAAUUUCAUGUUUCACCUGAAGUUCCUGUUAAACGCAAAAAUGGGUUUGCUAAGCUUGCAACAUUGUGUGGUUUUAAUCUGUGCGAAGAAAAAACACAGUCAAAGCGAAAUAUAAAAGAGGAGUUAUCCUUUUUCAAUUAUACUAUAAAAGCAAAAACUUGGAAAUUCGAUGAAUUUUGGUACAAGUAUGAAAACGAUAUUCCAAUGUUAGCCUCUAAAGCAAGAGAGGUAUGUACUUCACCUGCUAGUUCGGUACGGCCAGAAUCCUCAUUUAGUGUUGCUAACUUUAUUCAUCGCAAAGAAAGAAGUAACUUAAGCUCGAGAAACUUGCGGUACUCGAUGCUACUUAAAGAGAAGAGUUGAAAUUUUACUUUAAAAUUUUGUAUUUAACUGAAAACGAGGAAAAGUAUUUUAACCAGUAUUUUAAAAAGUAUUUUGCUUUUUUGAACCAUCCUACUAAAUUUGUUAUAUUAAACAAAUUAAA